CAUUAGUUUUGUUAAUUUUGGGGUUUUCAUUAUGUGUUUAUUAUGUCUUGUUUAUUUUUCAAUUAAUGGCGUUUUAAUGUAUAAUGUUAUUACGUGACAUCACUCUGUUUUUCUGAUUUUUCUGUUCCUCCCUAUGUUUUCUCAGACGAAGUCUCUUCCUCGAGUCAAAGGCAUUGCCCCAAAACUGGAUUACCAUUUAUCAUUCCUGACGUCAGUGAAGAAUUAAAGCCCAGAAAGGACAUGCUAUUCUCAAGCCUUAAUGAUUGUUAUUCACUGUAUGUUAAAUAUGCUAAGGAGUGUGGGUUUUCAGUCAGGAAAGGGACUACAAAGACAAACUCUGAAGGUGUGUUACAUAUUAAGUAUUUUUUGUGUACGAGAGCUGGGGUAUAUAAGGACAAGAGGGUUGAUACGUUGGACCCCAAUCAAAAAGAGCGAGUAGUGCGAUCUAACUUUUCCAAGGGGACUGAUUGUGGUGCACUGUUAUGUGUAGAAUAUGAGAAUGGAUUUUGGAAGUUGUAUAAGUUUGUCAAGGAGCACAAUCAUGAACUUGUUGAAUGUCCUGAUAAGUAUUUUCUUCCAACUGAACGGCAUCUCAAUCAGCUCCAGAAGCAUGUUAUACACAGCAUGUCUAAGCUGAAUUUGGGUCCUGUCAAGGCGUUUAAUGUUAUGAAGACUUGUUUUGGUGGUUUUGAAGAUGUGGGAGCAAGCAAAGUUGAAUUUAAGAACUAUAAGAGGCAAAUAAACUUGUUCAUAGGGGAAUAUGACGUUGAUAUGAUUGUGAAACAUUUGAAUGAAAAAAAACAUUCCCAGCGUAAUUUCUCGUAUGAUUACAUCACAGACGAACACAAUCGUUUGAAGGGUCUUUUUUGGUGUGAUGCUCAAGCCAAACGUAAUUACCACGUGUUUGGUGAUGUGAUUUCGUUUGACGCCACGUAUCGUUCCAAUAAGUAAUUUUUUAUAAUUCAACUUCUUUGCUUUUUGGCCUUUUAUUAAUUUUACAUUCAUGGCGUUUUUUUAUUUUACAUGCAAUGGCGUUUUUUUAGCUUACAUGCAAUGGCGUUUUACUAGUUUACAUUCAAUGGUGUUUUAUUAUUGUUUCAUUUAUCAUGGCGUUUUCAUAUGUAGAUACUCUAUGGUGUUUGUACCGUUCACUGGUAUAGACAAUCAUCACUGCAAUGUUACAUUUGGUGCAACAUUGUUGGGGUCGGAAACUGCUGAUACGUAUAUUUGGUUGUUAAGAGUUUUUCUUAAAGCUGUUGGUUCUCAGCCAAAAGUUGUUGUCGCUGACCAAGAUCCAGCGAUGAAGAAGGCUAUUUCUGCUGUAUGUGUUGACACGAGGCAUCGGUUAUGCAUGUGGCAUGUGAUGCAUAAACUUUCUCUGAAGGUUGUUAUGCUUUUUUUUUUACCUUUGGCGUUUUAGUAAUCAAUGCGUUUUAAGAUACAUGGCGUUUUGUACCUUGUUACUGUUUUUUUAAUUAAGUUUUGUCUUUUGUUUUUUUAUAUAUGUGUGGCGUUUUCGUGUUAUUUAUAAGUUGGUGUUAGGCUAUGCAAAAUUUCACCAAUUUUAAAGAACGUAUCUGUGGUGUUGUGUGGACGGAUAUUCUCACACCUGAAGAGUUUGAAUUAGAAUGGGAAAUGGUUAUUGCAGAAUUCAAUUUAGAAGAUAAUGACUGGCUAUCUGAUAUUUUUGCACUUAGGGAAUCUUGGAUCCCUCCGUACUAUAGAAUGGAGCCUAUGUAUGGUCUUAUGCAAACGACAUCCAGGUCGGAGAGUGAGAAUCAUUUUUAUGGUCAAGUGUGUAAUUCGAAAGCUACUCUUGUUGAGUUCAUGACGCGUUAUGAGACUGCAAUAGAAGCACAGUGUCACACACAUCGUAAAAAUGAUCAUGAAUCUCGAUAUAAAAGACCCCAGUUGAAGAGUAGUUACAAAGUGUUGGAAGGGCAAGCUGUUGAUAUAUAUACAAAAAGUAUUUUUUGUGACGUUCAAGCUGAGCUUAUUGGAGUUGCGGAUUACAUAAAUCAACGUUACGAAGAUCAGCCUGAUGGGUUUGUUAAGUUUUAUGUAAAUGACUUCCAACAGCUUUGUACAUCCUUAUUUGAGGUAUUGUUCCGUAAGUCUGAUUGCACAUGCAGUUGCUCAUGCAGACGUUUUGAACAGUUUGGUUUGCUAUGUAGACAUAUAUUCUAUGUUUUGAGACUUAUGGACAUUAGGGAAUUUCCAAAACAAUACAUUCUGAAUAGAUGGCGCAAAGAGGCCUCCCCAAACUGCUCUCCUGAAUUCUCAAUUAGUCGUGAAUAUAUGACUGAGCUUGAUCCUGAUGUGCAAAGUAUGAUGCGAGAUGUUAAUUUAUUCAACCGAAUACACUUUGAACCGUUUAUCUGGUAAUAAAGAGGAGCUAUCCUUAUACAAGGAUCAUGUUCAAUCUUAUAUGAAGAAGGUUCAAGAUAUGCAGAUUGUUGCUCCUCCCGCUAGUUCUAGGGAUAGAUUUGCCGAGAUAACUGGUCAAUAUAAAAAUGAUAAAAAUCCUAUAAGACUCCCUGUAGGUUAUAAAUCCAAAGGUUCUAGUUCUCGGAAGCGCCUGAAAUCUAAACAGGAGAUAGCAGUUGACAAGAAGAAAUCAAAGUCGAAACCCGGGGCCAAAGAAAGACAGUGUCAGAACUGCAAAGCCUAUGGACACUACGCAUCAACAUGCAAACAGACCGUAAUUAAAAGAAGAUCGACAAGGUCUUCGAGAGCCAGUGAAGAGUAGUUUGGCGUUUUGUAUUUGUCAUUCUUACAGAUCACAUACAGUUGUCUUUGGGACAGUUUAGAGGACUUUGGCGUUUUUUUUAUUUCAAUGCUACAGAACACAAACAUUUCUCAG